GCAACGAUGCCAGACUCACCGGCUGAGGUGAAGACGCAGUCCAGAUCGACCCCACCCAGCAUGCCGCCCCCCCCAGCUGUCACCCAGGGAGCCACACGUCACCCUUCCUUCACACCAAACACAAAUCGAGAAGAUGGGCCUCCACGUUUCUGCCCCCUGGCCGCUUUCACGGCUUGCUUGAAAUGGUCUAUGGUCUGUCUCUUGAUGAAUGGAAGUAGCCAUUCCCCGACGGCGAUCAACGGAGCCCCAUCGACCCCCAACGGGUUCAGCAAUGGCCCUGCCACCUCUUCUACAGCCUCACUGUCCAACCAGCAGCUCCCGCCAGCCUGUGGCGCACGACAGCUCAGCAAACUCAAACGCUUCCUUACCACCCUGCAGCAGUUUGGGAAUGACAUUUCUCCGGAGAUCGGGGAGCGGGUCCGCACCUUGGUGCUGGGGCUGGUGAAUUCAACCCUGACCAUUGAGGAGUUGCCAUUCCAAACUCAAGAAGCCACAAACUUUCCUCUGCGGCCAUUCGUCAUUCCCUUUCCACAGGCAAACCUGCCCUUGCUGCAGCGGGAACUCCUCCACUGUGCCCGCUUGGCCAAGCAGACCCCAGCCCAGUACCUGGCCCAACACGAGCAGCUCCUGCUAGAUGCCAACGCUUCUUCUCCUAUCGACUCCUCUGAGCUUCUCCUGGAAGUCAAUGAGAAUGGCAAGAGGAGGACACCAGACAGGACCAAAGAGAAUGGGUUAGACCGAGACCCACUACACCCCGAACACCUCAGUAAACGGCCAUGCACCCUGAGCCCCGCCCAGCGGUACAGCCCUAGCAAUGGGCUGAGCCAUCAACCCAAUGGGCUGCCCCACCCUACACCUCCCCCACCUCAGCACUACCGCCUCGAGGACAUGGCCGUGGCCCACCACUACAGGGACACGUACCGGCCCCCUGACCCCCGAGAGCUGCGGGAGCGCCAUCGGCAAGUCGCUGUACAUGGCUCCCGGCAAGAAGAAGUGAUUGACCACAGGCUCACAGACCGAGAGUGGGCAGAGGAGUGGAAGCAUCUCAACAAUCUCCUGAACUGUAUCAUGGAUAUGGUGGAGAAGACGCGGCGUUCUCUCACGGUGCUGCGCCGAUGCCAGGAGGCUGACCGGGAGGAGCUCAACCACUGGAUCCGGCGCUAUAGCGAUGCCGAGGACAUGAAGAAGGGCCCCAUCUCUGCCCCAUCCCGCCCACACAAUAGCUCCUCCAACUCAGAGGGUCCCCAGUUAGAAAGUCACCGGGAGUUUGUUCCCCGGCCUCUGUCCGGUUAUAUGCCGGAGGAAAUCUGGAGGAAAGCUGAGGAAGCUGUGAACGAGGUAAAGCGUCAGGCAAUGUCCGAGCUGCAGAAAGCUGUGUCCGACGCAGAACGCAAAGCCCAUGAGCUCAUCACAACCGAGAGGGCAAAGAUGGAGCGGGCCCUGGCGGAGGCCAAGCGGCAGGCCUCCGAGGACGCCCUGACCGUCGUCAACCAGCAGGAAGACUCCAGCGAGAGCUGUUGGAACUGUGGGCGCAAAGCCAGCGAGACCUGCAGCGGCUGCAACACUGCCCGCUACUGCGGCUCCUUCUGCCAGCACAAGGACUGGGAGAAACACCACCACGUGUGUGGCCAGACACUGCAGGGCCUCCAUGAGCCACGGGCCCCACCCCAGCCAAAUGGGGUGGGCCCCACCCAGCCGGACGUAGUAGCCGUGGCUGUGGCCACCAGCCCCAGCGAGACCAGCUCAGCAGCCGCCUCCCGCUCGGGCACCCCGGCCACCCCAGCCCCCCUGGAAACUGCCUCCCGCUAGCCCCAUCCAGGGGAAGGAAGACACAACGGAAUCCGAGAACCUACAGAAGUCACUGCUGCUACUGCUUUUCUCCAAAAGAAAAAAAAAACUGCAUUCAAUGCAACUUCCUCAGCUACCUGACGAUUUCAUUCGACCUCCAAACGACCUCUAUCUCUUCGAGUGAUCCUCACAGAUCUUCAAAACUGGGCUUUAAAAGUGGAUUUCACAAAGAAAGUACAAACCUUCUUCUCCGUUAAAUCUGUCUUUCUCUCUCUGUCUUGUCAAUUUCCCUCUUGUCUCUUUCUCUUGUCUUUUUCUCUCUGGUCUCUUUCUCUCUCUCUCUCUCUCUCUCUCUCUUUUCUCUCUAGUUCUCUCUCACACACUUUCUUGUUUUAAAUUUUUUUAAAAAAAACAUAAUUUGGUGGCUUAUAUUUUCAGUGAAGAAUUUUGUUUGGGGAGGGUGGGUGGAGGGGAGCUUUUUCCUUGGUUUGGGCUUGUGUUUGUUUUUCCCCAAAAGAGCUACUCAGAAAUGGACAAAGAAAACUGUGGGGUUUUCAUUUUUGAGUGUGGUUUUUUUUUUCAAUGAAAAGGGAAAAAGAGAACUGUUCUUUUUAUAGCUGGAUAUUCUGCCAAAUUGCCCCCUGUGUGAUGGGAGGGGGCAGGUGCAGCAAAGACAGUAAGAAGGAUUACAAUUUCUGAUGCAAGAAAUGUUUUUGGUUUUAUUUUUUAUUUUUUUAACGUCAAACUCUUUGGCUUUAAGUAAAAAUCCAAAAAGAUUUUUAAAAACAAAAGUAAAGGAAGCUUACUUGUAAACUACCUUGCUAGCUAGCCAAGAAUACCAGAUACACCUCUGCUCCAAAGGAAAUCCAAAAGCAAACUCUCACAAGAAAACCAAUCCAGACUUCUUUUUGUCACUGCCAAAGUAUUUUUUUUCUGUUUCAUUACUCUUGGGUUUGUUUGAUUUGGGGCUGGUUGGUUGGGUUUUGCUUUUUGGUUGGGCUUUUGUGUUUUUCAGAGUGGGGGGAAGGCCCCAGCUCUUUUUUGUCAAACAAGGACACUCUUUUGUCCCAACCAAACAAUGGUGACUGCUCAGCUGGUGAGUCGUUGGCACCAUCAGUGAAGAAUGAGGCCCCCCCCAGCCCUGUUUUACCAGCUCAGCUCUCAGGCUUUGGAUUUCCCCCAUUCCCCUUUCUGCCAGACUAUGGGAUUUGCAUCCGUGGCUUCAGAGUUUGGUUAUUAAACAUGAAUAAAGUAAAAGGAAAAAAAAAUCAUCAGGAUUGACCAAGCCGAGCCCAGGAAAAACAAUUAAAAACCCAGUAUGUGUUUGGGCAUGGGUGUGUGUGUGGGUGGGUGUGUGCAUAUAUGUGUGAAUGUGUGUAUGUAUGUGCAAGGGGAAGAUACCUCUAUUUUCCCACCCUCGAUGGAUUUCCAACGCAUUUAAUUUUUCCAACGAUGAAAAAAAAAGUACAAAAGUGUUUCUUUCCAGAGAGAGCAUUGUUCCGAAAACAAACAAACAAACAAACAAAACUGUGACAAUCUUUUGGAUUGAUUCUUGACUGCUUUUCAGAUCAUGAGCAGAUAGCAACUUAUACCAAUACUUUCUGCUUCUCGUUUUCCUCCUCUACCUCUCUUCUCUCCAUUUCCCCCCCCCCCACCCCUUGUCACAGUAUCUCAUCACUCUUCUCCUCUCUUCCACACUUUUGCAGGAAAAUACAACAAAACAAACAACAACAACAACAGAAAAAAACCCACCUUUGUAUUCUGCCCCCAUCCUACCUUCUGAAGACUAUUUUGAUUGCCUGUAUAUAAUCCCUUGCUUUUGCGUCCAGUUGUUCCCCAGAUG